AUGGAACCAAAGACGUAUAAACCCCAGCGCGGAGCGGAGUCACAAUUUCAGACUGGCCAUGAAGUCCCCGUCCAGCAGCAGAAGAAGCCCGGCCUUCAGUCCCAGAUGGAGACGCCUCAGCCCGUCUCCUCGCAGAUCCCCUCCGAAGACCAGGGAUACCAGAAAUACAAAGCUGCGGACAAGCUGAAGGGAAAGAGAGCCAUUAUCACCGGUGGCGACUCUGGAAUUGGACGCGCGAUUGCGAUUUUAUAUGCGAUGGAGGGUGCAUCAAGCUUGAUUGUAUAUCUACCAGAGGAGGAGGAAGACGCGCAGGAGACGAAGAGAAGAGUUGAAGAGCUUGGACAGAAGUGUCAUACAUUGGCUCUUGAUAUACGCAGCAAGGAGAACUGCAAGAAGGUGAUUGAGACUGCGCUGCAGACUCUAGGUGGCAUCGAUAUUCUAGUGAACAAUGCUGGGACGCAGACUAUGAUUGAAGAUAUCAAGGACCUUGAAGAAUCGCAGUGGGAAAGCACCUUCGACACGAAUAUCCACCCUGUCUUCUACCUAUCUAAAUACGCCCUUCCUCACCUGAAGUCCGGCUCAUCGAUCAUCAACUGCGCUUCUGUUAACCCAUAUAUCGGCCGGCCCGAUCUCCUAGACUAUACAUCAACAAAGGGUGCAAUUGUUGCCUUUACACGAGGUCUGUCGAACCAGCAGUGUAGCAAGGGUAUUCGCGUAAACGCUGUAUGCCCGGGCCCAGUCUGGACUCCUUUAAUCCCAGCAACCAUGAACACGAAGGCGAUUGAGCAAUUCAGUGGCGUGCCAAUGGGUCGCCCAGGCCAGCCAAGUGAGAUCGCAACCUGCUUUGUAUUCCUUGCCAGUCAGGAUAGCAGUUAUAUUUCCGGGCAGAGCUUGCACCCGAACGGAGGAGUUGUCUUGAAUGGUUAA